UUAUGGAAGAAGACAUUCUAAACUAUUUACCAACUGUCAUGUUUCGUGGGACACCCUGUAUCGAGCGGCCAAACUAUCUUCCCCGAAAGCAUGUAAUUAGUACGGAUCUUGUACGUUUAGGAUUCAAUCCAGGGCCCGGCGGGGUGAGGACAAGUUCAAAUAUCGUUUUUCGUGUUUAACCGGACGUAUUGCAUUUAUUUUUUAUUUUUAUUCAAAUUCGUCAAAUUAACUUGAAUUGUUUAACAUGGAGACAGGCCGACUGUCCUAUACUUACAUACAAAACCCAGUAUUUAGGUUGUUGGAACCAGUAGAUCAGACGUAUAUUCUAAGGAGCCCUGUGAAUAUGACACCUAUCAUAUGUUCAGCUUGGUGAGUUUCAUUAUAUCCAUCUUUAUAACAGUGAUAACGGUUACCAUCAAUGUUAACCUGAACAAUAACAAUAACAACAACAAUAACAACAACAACAAUAAUAACAACAAUAAUAACAACAACAACAACAAUCAAAACACCCGAAGACAAUUUUCUUCGAAAGAUGACGAACUCGACUUGUUGAUAAGAAGUUCCUCUUCGAUAUUUGAUCCCAGAAUCCUCGAACAUUUGUACAACAGCAUUGAUACUUACCAACACUAUUGCCAGAGUUAACAACUAAUCAGGGUAAAUAUGGAAUAUCGGAUUGAAAAUUCAACCAGUUUGAUUUCUCGACUUUAUCUGGAGAUGUCAACAAGAAGUUUGGAAGAAACCACGGUCAUGUCAGAGAAUAUUCUUGACGAGUUUCAAGGACGAUCAUCAUGUCCAACAUCGUCCUCAUUUUCACCUUUCAGCUUCUUAGCGUUCGCUGUAAUCUCUAUCAAUACUGUGCUCAAUGUUAUUAGUAUUGUAAACAGUAAUAACAACAACAAUAACAACAAUAACAACAACAACCUCAACGACUUUGACAGUGUGAAUAUGAAUACUGGAAAUGGAAGACGAAGGAGAUACGCCGCCAGAUUUUUAUCCACAAAAGGUAUAUAUGAGAAGAAUGUGAGACGGGUUGAGUUUAUAUCCUCGUCUGAUCAGAGUUUAGAUCUGGAUUCUCUUCAACGGAUUAUUCAAGAAGAAGAAUCAAAAUAUAAAUCAGGUUUGCAGUGUGGACUUGGAUACAACAUCUUUAUAAACUGGAUGGAACACCAAUUGUUUAAAGAAACCAAAGUUGGGAGUUUAAGAUCGACCGCUAUUAAGUUAAACUAGCCAAGACUGGUUCAACUGCUUCUGAAAUAUUGCUGAGAUCAUCUAGAAUCAGAAAACAGUAGAGACUUUGUUAUACCAGUUGUAUCCAGUUUAACAACCUCUCAUUCGUUCAAAAAAUUCCAACUCUGACCAAUCAAUAUUUUUCAAUAACGCACUUUACACUAAUUCUAUUUGUACUUACAGUAAAAGAUACAUUACAUAUAAUGUUUUAGUAGACUACGUUUUUAUUGUCCUUUAUUAUCAAAUUUGUAUAUUAAUCAUGUAAACACUUUUUAAUCUCAAUUUUUUACUUUUAGUUUUAUGCAGAUUUAUGGUUUGCGACGGAUUCAGUUAAAUUGCAAGUCAAUUGUUAAUACUCCUAAAUAAUAAUUCUGCAGGUCUUAAUAGAUUUUUCUUUUAUCAUUAUUGCGCAACGAAAAUAUUUAUCUUUU